UGUCAUAUUGUUUUUUUCAUAAUUUAAUUAUUUAGAAUCUAUAUUGAGCGGUUUGCCAGUGUUGUAGGUUUUUACAUUAAGCUGUUAAUCUUUUUUCCUUCUUGAAGUAGCCCAUAAGCGAUACUAAUUAAUAUCUCUCCCGAUUUCCGUAUAGUCAUUAAUUUUUAGUAGCCAGCGGCUUGUUAAUCCAGUCAGACUAACUGGUCACCGAGGAUGCAGUUGUGGUAGACUUGGUUUUCGUAUGAAGGAGGUCGAGCGUUUUACUUUCAUUUUGACUGCUGUUUGGAUUCAUGCACAACAUUUGGUUAUUCGGAAUUUGACCGGGUAUACAAACACUAUUGUUUUUGUUUCGAAUGCAAAUCAUAUACACAUUCGCCGGUUUCUUAAUGGCUUAAACGUUAUAUAUUCUGUAGGCUUUUACAAUAGACCCACACAUUGCAGUCCUUGUGUCCUGUUUUGGUUGUGGCUAGAACGUAAAGGGAGUCCAACCGCAGAGGCAGUCAGCGGCCUUUCCACCUGGCUGUAUGGAAAUAAUGUACUGUAACUAUAUACACCCUUCGAAGCGCUUACCCUGGUGUAUUUGCAUGCCUGGUACAGGAACUGUUCGGCGCAUUAUAUUACUGGAUGCUGUUAUCUACUCAACUUCUUUAGGGAAAAGAGUAGAAGUGUGGCUUAAUAAUGAAAAGUAUGAGAAAGAGAGCUGGGAAGAUGGAGAAGUCUUGAACGGCAUGCUGUAUGAGGAGAGAGGUGGGGAGUUCAGAGAGGAGGGGGGGCAAAGGUCAGUUAUAAAGCAAUGAUGAGAGUGGGAGGAGGAAGAGAUAUUUAACCAUGCAGGAAGAUGGAGGGGACGAAACAGGUACAGCCUAACUGGUGCAGCAGUCUCCGUAAAAAGAUCAUAACAAUAUCUACGUGCCAGUCAUAGCAGUAGCAGGACUUCCUGUCAGGCAAGCAGAUCAUCGCUGAGACCUUGGUGGAAUACAAUAUAUUUUUCUGUCCACUAUUACGCUUCACAGUGUGACUGUGGUUUUUAGGGUCAGACGAUCACUACCUCAUCACCUACAUUGGCCUCCCAUUUAACUUAUUUUUGAAACUGUUCUUGUUCUGUUGAGAGAAAAGAAAAUCUCUGACCUUCACAGCACCUCUGUCUAUAUUUGGGGUGAGUGUUUAUAAAAUGGAGGUCGGACAAGAAGAUGGUGACUGCUUCAGUGAUAAGGAGAAGGUACAUCCCCCUGGAGGGGAUGAACAUGGGGAUGGUGAUGCAGGCCCUUUGGGACAUCCCCCUACACGGUCUGCCAGUGACAUUCCUGCCAGUACCAAAAAUAAGCCGAAAGACACAGAUACUUCUCUUGAAGGAAGAGCGACACACUCCAGACCUCAACAAGACGCCAAGCUCAGCAAUGGCAACGCUACAUAUGUAGAUCCUAGAGGAGAAACACUUUUGGGCACCGCCACUUUAGCUAAGGUCAACACAGACAUGACUGAAAUGACUGCACUCACUAGGAACACAAGUACCAAGUCGGACUCAUGUGAUGGCAUCGUUCACAGCAGUCCUACAGCCAGAGACAAUAGCAUAGCGUCUACAACGGACCUUCCAUCCCCGACGGAGAGCGCCGGAGACGAGGAAGGCAGGAGUCGGCGAACGCGUGCCUCCUGCUGCCAGCCGCCAGGGCGGUUCCUGGCGGUGUUACGGCGUGGUCUGCAGGCUGUGCACAGGGGCUGCCUGCAUGCCAUAGAGGAGACGCCUACAAUGGUGGCCGGUCUGCUGCUCACCAUCAUCUUCUGCGUAGCGAUUAUUGUCAUCUUUGCUGCCACACACAGGAAUCUUCAUGUGCAUGUGGGAGAACUGGCCGUGGUUAGCGUGGUCCUGUGCGUGUGCACUGGCCUGAUGGUGGUGUUGCCCUGGCUAGCAGUGGUGCGGCGCUGUAGGGGAUCCCUGGCCCUCUUCGCUUGGGCGUUACUCUACAUCAUCGCCGUCGUCUUCAUCUUUACUGGUGGUGUCAUUACCCCCUGGGAGCAGGUCGCAUUCUUCCUCUUCCUCUCUCUCUCUGUCUAUACAGUGCUCCCUCUUUCCCUCACCUGGGCUCUUGUAUUUGGGUUGGGAACCAGUGCAUCUCACAUCAUCAUCAUCAGCGUCUACGUGCCCGUCACCAGCCCCGAAAUGGCUGACCUGGCUCCACAGUUGGUGGCCAAUGGUGUGCUGUUCCUGUGUGUGAACUGCGUGGGUGCUUUCCACCGGCACCUCACAGAGAGAGCCCACCGGAAAUCCCGUCGGGAGACCGAGAAGUUCAGUGUGGUCCGUUCAAGGAGGGACUUACAGAAACGGCAGCAGGAGCAUCUGCUGUUAUCAGUUUUACCACGAUACAUUGCCAAGAAGCUUCAGUCAGAGGUUAUUCAGCGACUGUCUGAUAAAUACCAUGGCACAGAGAGCAAGCACAACUUCCACAGUCUGUACAUCCGACAGCACAAGGACGUCAGCAUCCUCUAUGCUGACAUUGUGGGAUUCACCAAACUGGCCAGCACCUGCACACCAGAGGAGUUGGUUGGAGUCCUUAACAAACUGUUUGGUAAAUUUGAUGAUAUCGCAAAGAAAAACGAGUGCCUACGCAUUAAAAUUCUGGGGGACUGCUAUUACUGUGUCUCAGGUCUGCCAGAUCCCAUCCCUAACCACGCCUGCAACUGUGUGCAGAUGGGCCUGGACAUGUGCACCGCCAUCAACAAACUGAGGGAGGCCACAGGGGUGGAAAUCGCCAUGCGUGUGGGUGUGCACUCUGGGAAUGUGCUCUGCGGUCUGAUUGGCCUGCAGAAGUGGCAGUAUGAUGUCUGGUCACAUGAUGUGACUUUAGCCAAUCACAUGGAGUCUGGUGGUCAACCAGGGAGGGUCCAUAUCACGGAGGACACAUUGAGGCACCUGAGUGGGGCCUACCAGGUGGAGGAUGGGGACGGGGCCAGUCGGAACCCCUGCCUGCAGGGCAGGAGGACCUACCUAGUCAUUGACCCGCAAAAAGAUGGUUCCACCAUACGGACAUCUAAAGUAUGUGCAUCUCAGCCUUCCAGGGCGAAUGACCGGAGACUCAGGGCGUCAGUCAGGAUGUCUCAAUACCUGCAAUCGUGGCAGACGAUCAACCCCUUCUCCGAGCUGAACCACCCAGCGCAGCCUAAAGCUAGGCCCACUGCCCCAGCCUUUGGGCUCACAGAGCCACAUUCCACGGAGGGACUAGCCCCUCACACAGUCCUGCACAGGGAGAAUUCACAGGGUAUGGAAGAUGGAGUGAUUGACACACUGGACACUCUGGACCCUAAAGAGGAGAAGCGGAGGAAGCAGAAGUUGAACUGGCUCACUCUGCUGUUCAGUAACUUUAAAACGGAAAGACAGUACCGGCUGUCAGAGGUGGGGGAGCUGCACUUGUCUGUCAGCUGCCUGGCUGUCAUCUUUGCUACCCUCUUUGUGGUCCAAAUGCUGGUAUCAGCAAAGAACACUGCCAUAGCCGUGUCAUACGGUGUCACCUUUCCCGUGUUUGUUAUUCUCCUCCUCAUUGUCUUCACGGGGUACUUGAAGCGAUGGAGAUCCAAGAUGCCUCAGGGUGUUCAGUGGGUUCCCUCGCUAUCUCAGGGAGUGGCCAGCAGGGCGGCGCUACGGCUGUUCUUGGUUUUCCUCUGUGUGUUCAUCACACUGCUCAUGGCCAUUCUCAACUUUUUCUUUCUCCUGGAGCCCAACUGUUCCGCAUCCCAGAAUGCAACAGCUCUAGAAGCCUUCCAUCUCUACACCGUGCCUUACUACGUGUACUGCUGCCUGUUGGCCAUGCUCGGCGUGAUUGUGUUUGUGCGGACCUGCCUGGAGGUCAAAGUGUUCCUGCUUACGUUGGCACUGGUGGUCUACCUGGCCCUGUUCCUCUGCGUCUAUGCCACUCGCUCUGACUGCUACGUGUACCAGCUCUACAGCAACACCAGCCAACCUGGUGUCUUGAAGGAGCCGAAGAUCAUAGCUGGAGUCUGGCUCUUCAUCUUUUACUUCACCGCCUUAAUUCUGGCUCGAAAGGAUGAGCUGGCGUGUCGCGUGGAGUUCCUCCUGCAGAAGUGCUUCCAGGAAGAGCGUGAAGAGAUGGAGACAAUGGAGAAUGUCAACAAGCUGCUCCUGCAGAAUGUCUUGCCUGCUCACGUAGCCUCCGUCUUCAUUGGCAAGAGCCGACGCAAUCAGGACCUGUACAGUCAAUCCUGUGAUUGUGUUUGCGUGAUGUUCGCUUCAGUACCUCAGUUUAAAGAGUUCUACAGCGAGAGUUCAGAGAACAAGGACGGGCUGGAGUGCCUUCGCUUUCUCAACGAGAUAAUUGCAGACUUCGAUGAAGUCUUGUCCAAGCCAAAGUUCAGCAGUGUGGAAAAAAUUAAAACUAUUGGUAGUACCUACAUGGCAGCUGCAGGGCUGACUGUCACGGCAGGGGAAGAGAAGAAGGAACAUAAUGGCUCCAACAGCCAUGUGCGCUCAAUGGUGGAAUUCGCAUUAGCUCUGAUGGCUAAGCUGGAAUUAAUAAACACACACUCUUUCAACAACUUCAAACUCCGGAUUGGAAUUAACCAUGGCCCAGUGAUUGCGGGGGUGAUCGGUGCCCACAAGCCCCAAUAUGAUAUUUGGGGGAAUGCUGUCAAUGUGGCUAGCAGGAUGGACAGUACUGGAGUCCUGGACAAAAUUCAGGUCACUGAAGAAACGGCAGAGGUGGCCCAGUCUCUGGGCUACAGCGUGACACUGCGGGGAGUCAUCAUGGUGAAAGGAAAAGGAGAGCUCACCACCUAUUUCAUCAACACUGACCACUGACAUUUUAUUUUACUGCAACUUGAGAGUGAUGAGUGAUUAUCACUGUUGAUCAGUGGGCGCUUCAGGUAGCAUUACGUUGUCAAAAUCCAUGACCAUCCAUCCAUGACCCAGGUGAUCCUAAAAUCACCUGAUAACCACAUGCUCCUGUAAAAACCAAAGAUUUGAAGAGUGAAUGGAUGGACCUGAUUGUGUACUGGAUGAGAGACUGAAUUUUUUCAGUACACUGCAUUUGUACUCAUUAGUUACUUGAAGCUUUUGAUUAAUUUAUCUCUAGAAAAUAAUUUUACAUUAAAACUGGAAGUUAAUAGGUAAAAUAAUAAUAAAGUGCAGAGUGGCGUGGCGGUGCAGUGGUUAGCACUGUUGUCUCACACCUCUGGGGCUGGGAUUAGUGUCUCUGCCAGGGUUGUAUGUGUGUGGAGUUUGCAUGUUUUCCCUGUGUCAUUGUGGGGUUUCCUCCAGGUACUCCAGAGUCCAAAACUAUGCUAAGGUGAAUUGGACCUAACAAAUUGCCCAUAGGUAUGUGUGUGGACCCUGACAAAGGUUGGCUCCUCACCCUGGGUUAUUCCCUACCUUGCGCCCAUAGGCUCCAGAUUCCCAUAACCCUGAAUCAGACAGGCAGGUAUAAAAAAAGGGAAGGAUGGAAUAAUAGGCUGCAUCACUGUAAAUAGAGCAAUGUGGUUUCAUUAGAGCGACGGCAAUUUAACAAGCCUAAAAGUACAGAAUGAUGGGAAUGUUGCCCUUGGCACGAUGACCUGUUUCUGUUGGAUGAAACCGCAAAAUGAUGUUUUGCUCCACCAUUUUCCUUUUACAAAAAAGCAGGGCAGGAACCAUUAUAAUAUACCUCAAUUAACUUACCUUAGUGGUGGACAGGAUGCUGACAGCAAAAGGCAAAAAAUUAUAAUUGCUAUGUCUGUUUAAAUUUGAGCUAAACUUCAGGGAAGCAGAAUGAACAAUAUGUGCUUGCUGGCUGCUGAAUGGUAAUUGAAAUCAAAAACCACGCAGAUCAUGGGAACACUGAGGUGUUCGGUGUUUUACUUACAUUGUGCUCUAAUUGUAGUCAUGUAUUUAAUCUCAGAAAAAAGUAAAUGUUUUUUUUAUGGUUUCUCUCUGUGGGUCAGUCUUAAUUACCUUAAUAUUUUGUACCCUUUUAGUAAGUCCUGUCAGAACUUGAAUGUCCACCCUACUUUUGUAACACUGUUCUAUAAGACAUUUAGCCUGUUCAAGCACUGAGUAUGUGAACAUUAAAUUAAAUGAAUAAAUACAUAGAAAAAUAAAUAUUUAAUUUUAUAUUAAA